AUGUCGUCCUCGAUUAAAUCGCUCGCCCUGCGCCUGCCGCUAACGGCCGCUGGCCAACCCCGUACCGCCGUCCUCAAAGGAUGCUGCUCGUCAGCGUCCAUGUCGACAACCGCCCGCCCGUCCUCCCGCCUCGGCAAAGCAACCGCCCCCUGGCACCGCAACAGCAACACCAACGCCACCGCCGUCUUGUCGGCAGGAUCCAGCGGCGGGCUCGCCAGUCCCGCGAGGCUGGCGUGCCGGCUGCUGCCUGCUGCACGCCCGACGCCCGCCGUGUCUGUCGCCGCCACCCAGGCGCGGUGCUUUGCCAGCUCUGCCGCGUCCUCCAAGUCGACCCUCGAUUGGGAUUCGUUCUUCAAGCUCCGCCUGCGCCGUCGACGUCUCCAGCUCCUCUUCUCGGUCACGACGGGGGUGCUCGGCGGUGCCGGCGGUGCCGUUCUGCUAUCCACGGGGCUCGCUGAGCCCGUGGUCAUGCAGAUUCCCCUGGACCCCUUUGUGACUCUUGGUCUCAUGACGCUGGCUUGCGCGGGCAUGGGGUGGCUGGCUGGGCCAAGCAUCGGUAACCAGGUCUUCUACCUGAUGAACCAUCGCUUCAAGACGCAGAUGAUGCAAAAGGAGAGCGAAUUCUUUGCAAGAGUCAAGAAGAACCGCGUCGACCCUACAAACUCGAGUGCCGGCAACCCAGUUCCCGACUUUUACGGCGAAAAGAUUCAAAGUGUGUCCGGAUACCGGCAAUGGCUCAAGGACCAAAGAGCGUUUAACAAGAAGAAAACCCGAGCCUUUGUGUGA